GGGGCGGUAAGGCCCAGGCUCACCAUACCCACCUGUGCUGAAGGCCAGCUGGGGCCUGAGGGGGAGGGGAGGCUUAGGCAGAGGCCUGUCCCCUGAGGCUUUCGGGUGGUGCCCACCCCAUCCCCACAGGGUGCCUGGCCAGUGGAGCCACAAAGUCUGUAGAGUGACAGGGCUCCUGCCAGUCAACCUGGCCAGGCCCUUCCCAGGGGACUCUCUGCCUGUCCUCCCUGGGCUCACUGCUGACUGUGUGCCCUCCAGAUCCUCCUGUGGCUGUUCACAGCGAGGGGGUGUGGGCAGCUCAGCCAGUUAGGAGGAAGUCACCUGGCAACAGGGUCUCUAAUCCUUCCCUGCUCAUCAGGGUUUUUUGGUAGGGGAGGGGAGGAGGCAUCGCAGGACAGGUGCAGGCAGCUACAGGUAGGAAAGGCCUCUGUCGUGGGCACUUCCUGGGGCGAGGAGGGUUGAGCUGCACCCGGCAGGAUGUGUGGCCCAACAGCUUUGGAAGAUGAGUCACCUGGAGGAGGAAGUGGGGGGACAAAAGGGGACACGCAGGGCCAAGGGCUCAGAGGAGAGCCUGCUGGGAGAUGGGUCACCUUGGGUGCACUCCCGCCAGGGGCCAGGCCCCGUCCAGGUGUGGAGAGCUGAGCGGCAGUGAUGUAAGCAGACUGGAGUUUCAGACUCCAGGAAGCAGAGGUGUGUGGGGGACGGGAACUGGUCACCAGGAAGCAGCUGGAGUGGGCAGGGGGGAACAGGCAGGUCUGUGUGGAGAGGUACAGCAUGGCCCCCAGGGUAGGGAGGACCCUGGUGCACAGAGAGGAGGGCCAGCCUGGCUGCUGGUGUGCUGUUUUGGGACAGGUUCUCAACUGGACCUGAGUUGGGGCGUAGGGCUAGAGCUGGGGGGACAGGAAGGAGAUAUGCUCACCCAUUAGAAAAGCCCGUUGAGGGGUGCACCAGACUCCAGGUGCCCAGAAAGGGGUAAAUCUGAUUUUCUGCACCACUGUGCCUUCUGGUAGUUCUACCUGCGCGUGGAGGUGGGGGGUGGAGAUAAGGCCGGGAGGUGUCCACCCUGGGUUAGACUGGGUUCUUCAGGGACACUGGUUGGGAAGCUGCGGAGGACUCGGACAGCACCUGCGGCUCAUCCCCACUAUGACCUUCCCCCAACCUGCUCUCAGGUCUGUCCCGUCGCCCCCGCCCCCCACCAUGGAUCACUCAUUCAGCGGGGCGCCCCGAUUCCUGACCCGGCCCAAGGCCUUUGUGGUGUCGGUGGGGAAGGACGCCACGCUGAGCUGCCAGAUCGUGGGCAACCCUACGCCGCAGGUGAGCUGGGAGAAGGACCAGCAGCCGGUGGAGGCGGGCUCUCGCUUCCGGCUGGCCCAGGACGGCGACCUGUACCGCCUCACCAUCCUGGACCUGGCCCUGGGCGACAGCGGGCAGUACGUGUGCCGCGCGCGCAAUGCCAUCGGCGAGGCCUUCGCGGCCGUGGGCCUGCAGGUGGACGCCGAGGCCACUUACGCCGAGCAGGCGCCCCACUUCCUGCUGCGGCCCACGUCCAUCCGCGUGCGCGAGGGCGCCGAGGCCACCUUCCGCUGCCGCGUGCGCGGCUCGCCGCCCAUGGCCGUGAGCUGGGCCAAGGACGGCCGGCGCCUGGGCGCGCCCGACGCCCCCCGGGUGCGCGUGGAGGCCAGCGGCGAGGCCAGCGCGCUGCGCAUCCAGUCCGCGCGGCCGCGCGACGAGGGCACAUACACGGUGCGCGCCGAGAACCCUCUGGGCGUCGCCAGUGCCGACGCCGCGCUCACGGUAGACGCGGACCCAGACGCCGCCCCGCCGGGAGCCUCCACUGCCGGGCUUCUGGCGCACCUGCAGCGGCGUCGGGAGGCGAUGCGCGCCGAGGGCAUCCCUGCCUCGCCACCUGGCUCUGGCACGCGCACCUGCACGGUGACUGAAGGCAAGCACGCGCGCCUCAGUUGCUACGUGACGGGCGAGCCUAAGCCAGAGACGGUGUGGAAGAAGGAUGGCCAGCUGGUGGUGGAGGGCCGGCGACACCUGGUGUACGAGGACGCUCAGGAGAACUUCGUGCUCAAGAUCCUCUUCUGCAAGCAGUCGGACCGGGGCCUCUACACCUGCACGGCGUCCAACCUGGUGGGCCAAACCUACAGCUCCGUGCUAGUCGUCGUACGAGAGCCCGCCGUGCCCUUCAAGAGGCGACUUCAGGACCUGGAGGUGCGAGAGAAGGAGUCGGCCACGUUCCAGUGCGAGGUGCAGCUGCCGUCCACGGAGGCCGCGUGGUACAAGGAGGACACGCGUCUGUGGGCCAGCGCCAAGUACGGCAUCGAGGAGGCGGGCACUGAGCGCAGGCUCACGGUGCGCAACGUCUCGGCCGACGACGACGCCGUCUACAUCUGCGAGACCACGGAGGGCAGCCGCACGGUGGCAGAGCUCGCGGUGCAAGGGAACCUCAUUCGGAAGCUCCCGAGGAAGACCGCGGUGCGCGUGGGUGACACGGCCAUGUUUUGUGUGGAGCUGGCCAGGCCCGAGGGCCCUGUCCACUGGCUGAGGAACCAGGAGGAGAUGGUGGCCGGGGGCCGCGUGGCCAUCACCACAGAAGGCAUGUGCCACACGCUGACCAUCUCCCAGUGCAGCCUGGAAGACGUGGGCGAGGUGACCUUCACUGCUGGUGACUGCCGGACGUCCACCCAGUUCUUCGUGUCUGCCCCUAGGAGGCCGCCCCUGCAUGCCCCUGAGGCCCCUGUGGUAAAGGGAAGGACAGAGUGUUCCGUCACCCUUGCCUGGUCCCCACCACCCCAUGGGGACCGCCCUGUCCCCAUCGACGGUUAUCUGGUGGAAAAGAAGCGGCUUGGCGCCUACACCUGGAGCCGGUGCCACGAGGCGGAGUUGGUGGCUGAACGUGAGCUGACUGUGGCCAGCGUGGCUGAGGAGGGGGACUUCCAGUUCCGGGUAUCAGCUGUGAACAGCUUUGGCCAGAGCCCCUACCUGGAGUUUCCAGGGACUGUCCACCUGGCCCCCCAGCUGGCUGUGAAGACUCCUCUGAAGGCGGUGGAGGCGGUGGAGGGUGGCGAGGUGACCUUCUCGGUGGACCUCACUCUGGCCUCUGCUGGAGAGUGGUUCCUGGAUGGCCAGGCCCUAAAGGCCAGCAGUGUGUAUGUGAUCCGUCACGUCGGCACGCAGCAUGCCCUCACCAUCCGCUCCGUGUCCGCCAGCCUGCAUGGCGCUGAGCUCAAGUUCGUGGCCAACGGAAUUGAGAACAGCAUCCGUAUGGAGGUCCGAGCCCCAGGGCUGGCCACCAAGCGUCCAGUGGCAGCUGUGAGGGAAGUGCUGGCCCGGCUGCAUGAGGAGGCACAGCUCUUGGCAGAGCUCUCAGACCAGGCUGCGGCGGUGACAUGGCUGAAGGACGGCCACGUGCUGCCCCUGGGCCCCAAAUACGAGGUCCAGGCGAGUGCCGGACAGCGGGCACUGCUGGUGCGGGAUGUGGUGCGAGACGAUGCUGGCCUGUACGAGUGUGUCAGCCAUGGGGGCCGCAUCGCCUACCAGCUGUUGGUGCAAGGGCUCACUCCCUUUCUGCACAAGGACACAGCUGGUGGCUUGGUGGAUGCCGUGGCCGGGGGCCCAGCCCACUUUGAAUGUGAGACUUCUGAGGCCCAGGUUUGUGUGCGCUGGUACAAGGAUGGCACGGAGCUCAGCCGCUCCAGCCAGCGCUUCCUGCAGGAGGACGUGGGAACGUGGCACCGGCUGGUGGCAGCCUCGGUCACCAAGCAGGAUGAGGGCACCUACUCAUGCCGUGUGGGCGAGGACUCCGUGGACUUCCAGCUGCGUGUCAGUGAGCCCUCGGCCGUGUUUGCCAAGGGGCAGCCGGCAUGCAGUGAGGUGCAGGCCAAGGUGGGGGCCAGCGCCAUGCUGAGCUGCGAGGUGGCCCAGGACAAGACGGAGGUGACGUGGUACAAGGGCGGGAAGAAGCUGAGUGCCAGCUCCAGAGUGCGCAUGGAGGCCACGGGCUGCAGCAGGAGGCUGGUGGUGCAGCAGGCGGGGAAGGUGGACGCCGGGGAGUACAGCUGCGAGGCCAGGGGAGAGAAGGUCUCCUUCCGCCUGGACAUGACAGAACCUGUAUUGGUGUUUGCCAAGGGACAGACAACACACAGUGAGGUACAGACCAAGGCGGGGGCCAGUGCCACACUGAGCUGUGAGGUGGCCCAGGACAAGACGGAGGUGACGUGGUACAAGGACGGGAAGAAGCUGAGUGCAAGCUCCAGAGUGCGUGUGGAGGCCAAGGGCUGCAGCAGGAGGCUGGUGGUGCAGCAGACGGCAAAGGUGGAUGCGGGGGAGUACAGCUGUGAGGCUGCAGGGGAGAAGGUCUCCUUCCACCUGGAUGUCAUUGAGCGCUCGGCCAUGUUUGCUAAGGGGCAGCCAGCAUGCAGUGAGGUGCAGGCCAAGGCAGGGGCCAGUGCCAUGCUGAGCUGCGAGGUGGCUCAGGACAAGACGGAGGUGACAUGGUACAAGGAUGGGAAGAAACUGAGUGCCAGCUCCAGAGUGCACAUGGAGGCCAAGGGCUGCAGCAGGAAGCUGGUGGUGCAGCAGGCGGGGAAGGUGGAUGCUGGGGAGUACAGCUGUGAGGCCGGGGGCCAGAAGGUGUCUUUCCACCUGGAUGUCACAGAGCCCUCAGCUGUGUUUGCCAAGGAGCAGCCAGCAUGCAGUGAGGUGCAGGCCAAGGCGGGGACCAGUGCCACACUGAGCUGCGAGGUGGCCCAGGACAAGACAGAGGUGACAUGGUACAAGCAUGGAAAGAAGCUGAGUGCCAGCUCCAAAGUGUGCAUGGAGGCCAAGGGCUGCAGCAGGCGGCUGGUGGUGCAGCAGGCAGGGAAGGCAGAUGCCGGGGAGUACAGCUGUGAGGCCGGGGGCCAGAAGGUGUCCUUCCACCUGGAUGUCACAGAGCUUGCAGCUGUGUUUGCCAAGGAGCAGCCGGCAUGCAGUGAGGUUCAGGCCAAGGCAGGGGCCAGUGCCACAUUGAGCUGCGAGGUGGCCCAGGACAAGACGGAGGUGAUGUGGUACAAGGAUGGGAAGAAGCUGAGUGCAAGCUCCAGAGUGCGUGUGGAGGCCAAGGGUUGCAGCAGGAAGCUGGUGGUGCAGCAAGCGGGGAGAGCAGAUGCCGGGGAGUACAGCUGCGAGGCCAGGGGAGAGAAGGUGUCCUUCCGCCUGGAUGUUACAGAGCCUGCAGCUGUGUUUGCCAAGGAGCAGCCAGCACACAGUGAGGUGCAGGCCAAGGCAGGGGCCAGCGCCAUGCUAAGCUGCGAGGUGGCCCAGGCCCAGACAGAGGUGACGUGGUACAAGGACGGGAAGAAGCUGAGUGCGAGCUCCAGAAUGCACGUGGAGGCCAAGGGCUGCAGCAGGCGGCUGGUGGUGCAGCAGGCGGGGAAGGCGGAUGCUGGGGAGUACAGCUGUGAGGCCGGGGGCCAGAAGGUGUCCUUCCACCUGGACAUCACAGAGCCUGCAGUCAUGUUUGCCAAGGAGCAGCCAGCACACAGUGAGGUGCAGGCCAAGGCGGGGACCAGUGCCACACUGAGCUGCGAGGUGGCCCAGGCCCAGACAGAGGUGACGUGGUACAAGGAUGGGAAGAAGCUGAGUGCGAGCUCCAGAAUGCGUGUGGAGGCCAAGGGCUGCAGCAGGCGGCUGGUGGUGCAGCAGGCAGGGAAGGCGGAUUCUGGGGAGUACCUCUGUGAGGCCGGGGGCCAGAAGGUGUCCUUCCGCCUGGAUGUCACAGAGCCUUCAGCUGUAUUUGUCAAGGAGCAGCCAGCAUGCAGUGAGGUGCAGGCCAAGGCGGGGGCCAGUGCCACACUGAGCUGUGAGGUGGCCCAGGCCCAGACAGAGGUGACAUGGUACAAGGACAGGAAGAAGCUGAGUGCGAGCUCCAAAGUGCACGUGGAGGCCAAGGGCUGUAGCAGGAGGCUGGUAGUGCAACAGGCGGGGAAGGCGGAUGCCGGGGAGUACAGCUGUGAGGCCAGGGGCCAGAAGGUGUCCUUCCAUCUGGACAUCACAGAACCUACAGUGGUGUUUGCCAAGGAGCAGCCUGCAUGCAGUGAGGUGAAGGCCAAGGCAGGGGCCAGCGCCACACUGAGCUGUGAGGUGGCCCAGGACAAGACAGAGGUGACAUGGUACAAGGACGGGAAGAAGCUGAGUGCGAGCUCCAAAGUGCACAUGGAGGCCAAGGGCUGCAGCAGGCGGCUGGUGGUGCAGCAGGCGGGGAAGGCGGAUGCUGGGGAGUACCUCUGUGAGGCCGGGGGCCAGAAGGUGUCCUUCUGCCUGGAUGUCACAGAACCUACAGUGGUGUUUGCCAAGGAGCAGCCUGCACGCAGUGAAGUGCAGGCCAAGGCAGGGGCCAGCGCCACACUGAGCUGUGAGGUGGCCCAGGACAAGACAGAGGUGACAUGGUACAAGGACGGGAAGAAGCUGAGUGCGAGCUCCAAAGUGCACGUGGAGGCCAAGGGCUGUAGCAGGAGGCUGGUGGUGCAACAGGCGGGGAAGGUGGAUGCUGGGGAGUACAGCUGUGAGGCCGGGGGCCAGAAGGUGUCCUUCCACCUGGAUGUCACAGAGCCUGCAGCUGUGUUUGCCAAGGAGCAGCCGGCACGCAGUGAGGUGCAGGCCAAGGCAGGGGCCAGCGCCUCGCUGAGCUGCGAGGUGGCCCAGGCCCAGACGGAGGUGACAUGGUACAAGGAUGGGAAGAAACUGAGUGCGAGCUCCAGAGUGCGCGUGGAGACCAAGGGCUGCAGCAGGCGGCUGGUGGUGCAGCAGGCGGGGAAGGCGGAUGCCGGGGAGUACAGCUGUGAGGCCGGGGGCCAGAAGGUGUCCUUCCUCCUGGAUGUCACAGAGCCCUCGGUCAUGUUUGCCAAGGAGCAGCCAGCACUCAGUGUGGUGCAGGCCAAGGCGGGGGCCAGUGCCACACUGAGCUGUGAGGUGGCCCAGGCCCAGACGGAGGUGACGUGGUACAAGGACGGGAAGAAGCUGAGUGCCAGCUCCAGAAUGCAUGUGGAGGCCAAGGGCUGCAGCAGGAAGCUGGUGAUGCAGCAGGCAGGGAAGGCGGACGCCGGGGAGUACAGCUGUGAGGCCGGGGGAGAGAAGGUGUCCUUCCACCUGGACGUCACAGAGCUGGAGCCUGAGACCCCCACGGUGGAGAGACCUGACCGCAGAGAGCCUCUGGUGGUCAGGGAGCACGAGGACAUUGUCCUGACCGCCAUGCUGGCUACGCCCUCCGUGGCCGCAGUGACGUGGCUCAAGGAUGGCGUGGAGAUCCGCCGCAGCAAGCGGCACGAAACGGCCAGCCUGGGGGACACUCACACCCUGACGAUCCGCGGCGCGCAAACCCUGGACACCGCAGUGUACAGCUGCCGCGUGGGCGCAGAUGGGCAGGACUUCCCAGUGCAGGUGGAAGAGGUGGUCGCUAAGUUCUGCCGGCCCCUGGAGCCUGUGAGCGGGGAGCUAGGUGGCACGGUGACGCUGGCCUGCGAGCUGAGCCCACCGCAGGCCGAGGUGGUGUGGCGCUGCGGGAGCACGCAGCUCCGGGCUGGCAAGCGCUUCCAGAUGGAAGCCGCAGGACCCCGGCGCUCGCUCACCGUGUCCGGCCUGCGGCUGGAGGAUGCGGGGCAGUAUGCGUGUGAGACCCGGGAUGACUGCACCAGCGCGCAGCUCUCCGUCAGCGCCCCCCGCAUGGUCAAGUUCAUGUCUGGGUUGAGCGCCGUGGUGGCGGAAGAGGGCCAGGAGGCCACCUUCCAGUGCGUGGUGUCCCCCAGCGAUGCAGCAGUCAGGUGGUUCCGGGAUGGCGCGUUGCUGCAGCCCAGUGAGAAGUUCCUCAUCUCACAGAGUGGCGCGAGCCACAGCCUGACCAUCUUGGGCCUGACCCUGGACGACCCAGGCCAGAUCACUGCAGAGGCCGAGGGGGUCUCCUCCGCUGCUGCCCUCCGGGUGCGAGAGGCUCCAGUGCUGUUCAGAAAGAAGCUGGAGCCACAGACGGUGGAGGAGCGGAGCUCAGUGGCCAUGGAGGUAGAGCUGACACGGCCAUGGCCCGAGGUCAAGUGGACACGGAACGCAGUGGCCCUGGCGCCAGGCAAGAACGUGGAGAUUCACGCCGAGAGCACCAGGCACCGCUUGGUUCUUCACUGCGUGGGUUUUGCCGACCGCGGCUUUUAUGGCUGUGAGACUCCAGACGACAAGACGCAGGCCAAGCUCACCGUGGAAAUGUGCCAGGUCCGGCUUGUGCGGGGCCUGCAGGCGGUGGAGGUGUGGGAGCAGGGCACAGCCACCAUGGAUGUGGAGCUGUCACACGACAACGUGGAGGGCAGCUGGACGCGAGACAGUGUGCGGCUGCAGCCAGGGUCCACGUGCCAGCUGGCCGUGCAAGGCCCCAUCCACACCCUCAUCCUGUCGGGGCUGCGGCCGCAGGAUAGUGGCCUCAUCGCCUUCAAAGCUGAGGGGGUGCACACGUCUGCAAGGCUCACGGUCACUGAGCUGCCUGUGAGGUUCAGCCGCCCUCUGCAGGAUGUGGUGGCCACAGAGAAGGACAGGGUGACCUUGGAGUGUGAGCUGUCUCGCCCCAACGUGGACGUGCGCUGGCUGAAGGACGGCGUGGAGCUUAGGGUGGGCAAGACAGUGGGCAUGGUGGCCCAGGGCGCCUGUCGGAGUCUCAUCAUUUUCCGCUGUGAGCUUGGUGACCAGGGCGUGUACGUGUGCGACGCUCGUGAUGCUCAGAGCUCAGCCUCCCUGAAGGUGCAAGGUCGUAACAUCCAGAUCGUGAGGCCCCUGGAGGAUGUGGAGGUGAUGGAAAAGGAGGGCGCCACCUUCUCUUGCAAGAUCUCUCACGAUGAGGUGCCAGCCCAGUGGUUCUGGGAGGGCAGUAAGCUUCGGCUCAGUGACAAUGUGCGCAUCCGCCAGGAAGGGAGGACAUACACCCUCAUCUACCGGAGGGUCCUGGCAGAAGAUGCAGGAGAGAUCAGAUUUGUAGCCGAAAAUGCAGAAUCUCGAGCUGAGCUCCGAGUCAAAGAGCUGCCGGUGACCAUCCUGCGCCCACUUCGGGACAAGAUAGCCAUGGAGAGGCACCGCGGUGUGCUGGAGUGCCAGAUGUCCAGGGCCAGCGCCCAGGUGCAGUGGUUCAAGGGCAGCGUGGAGCUGCAGUCAGGACCCAAGUACGAGAUGGUCAGCGACGGCCUCUACCGCAAGCUGAUCAUCAACGAUGUGCAGCCGGAGGAUGAGGACACCUACACGUGUGACGCUGGCAACGUGAAGACCAGUGCCCAGUUCUUUGUGGAAGAGCAAUCCAUCACCAUCGUGCGGGGCCUGCAGGACGUGACUGUGAUGGAGCCCGCACCUGCCUGGUUCGAAUGCGAGACCUCCAUCCCCUCGGUGCGGCCGCCCAAGUGGCUCCUGGGAAAGACAGUGCUCCAGGCCGGGCCCACCGUGGGCAUGGAGCAGGAGGGCACGGUGCACCGGCUGACGCUGCGACGAACCUGCUCCACCAUGACUGGGCCUGUGCACUUCACCAUCGGCAAGUCGCGCUCCACCGCACGCCUGGUGGUCUCUGACAUCCCCAUGGUGCUCACACGGCCCCUGGAGCCCAAGGCGGGGCGCGAGCUGCAGUCGGUGGUCCUGUCCUGCGACUUCAAGCCGGCCCCCAAGGCCGUGCAGUGGUACAAGGAGGACACGCCCCUGGCGCCCUCCGACAAGUUCAAGAUGAGGCUGGAGGGCCACAUGGCAGAGCUGCGCGUCCUCCGGCUCACGCCCGCGGACGCCGGCGUCUACCGGUGCCAAGCCGGCAGUGCCCAGAGCAGCGCUGAGGUCACGGUGGAAGCGCGCGAGGUUACAGUGAUGCAGCCGAUGCAGGACGCAGAAGCCACGGAGGAGGGCCGCGCCUGCUUCUCGUGUGAGCUGUCCCAUGAGGACGAGGAGAUCGAGUGGUCGCUCAACGGCACACCUCUGUACAACGACAGCUUCCACGAGAUCUCCCACGAAGGCCGUCGCCACACGCUGGUGCUGAAGCGGGUUCGGCGGGCCGACGCCGGCCUUGUGCGCGCCUGCUCCCCCAAGGUGUCGGUCACUGCCCGCCUGGAGGUCAAAGCAAAGCCGGUGGUGUUCCUGAAAGCGCUGGACGAUGUGUCCGCGGAGGAGCGGGGCACGCUGGCCCUGCAGUGCGAGAUCUCAGACCCCCAGGCCCGCGUGGUGUGGCGCAAGGACGGGGUGGAGCUGGUCCCUAGUGACAAGUACGACUUCCUGCACACGGCGGGCACGCGCGGGCUCGUGGUGCACGACCUGAGCUGGGAAGACACCGGCCUCUACACUUGCAGUGUGGGCUCCGAGGAGACCAGCUCCAGAGUCAGCGUGCACGACCUGCACGUGGGCAUCACCAAGAGGCUGAAGUCGGUGGAGGUGCUGGAGGGCCAGAGCUGCACCUUCGAGUGUGUCCUGUCCCAUGAGAACCCCAGCGAUGUGGCCAUAUGGACAGUUGGCGGGAAGACAGUGGGUGGCUCUGGCCGCUUCCGGGCCACACGCCAGGGCCGCAAAUACACUCUGGUUGUUCAAGAUGUGGCUCCUGGAGAUGCUGGGGAGGUGGUGUUCUCCGUGCGGGACCUCACCUCCAAGGCCUCCCUCAUCAUCAGAGAGAGGCCGGCAGGUAUCAUGAAGCCUCUAGAAGACCAGAAGGCUGCUCCGGGUGAGGAUGUGGUGAUGAGCUGUGAGCUGUCUAGGGCCGGGACCCCCGUGCGCUGGCUAAAGGACGGGAAGGCCAUUCGCAAGAGUCAGAAGUAUGACCUGGUCACGGAAGGCACUUGGGCCACUCUGGUGGUCCGUGCGGUGUCGCUCAAGGAUUCAGGAGAAUACACGUGUGAGACAGAAGCUUCCAAGAGCACAGCGAGUCUCCGUGUGGAAGAAAAGGCCAACUGGUUCACAGACGAGCUGACCGACCUGCAUGUGGAAGAGAAGGGCACAGCCGUGUUCACGUGCAAGACAGAGCGUCCCGCAGCUGUGGUGAUCUGGCGCAAGGGCCUCUUGGAGCUGCAUGCCUCUGGGAAGCACGCACCCAGCCAGGAGGGCCUGACCCUGAGGCUCACCAUCAGUGCCUUGGAGAAGGCGGACAGCGACACCUACACCUGUGACAUCGGCCAGGCCUGUUCCCAGGCCCGGCUCCUGGUGCAAGGCCGGAAAGUGCUCAUCACAGAGGAUCUGGAGGACAUGGAGGUGCGUGAGGGCUCUUCGGCCACCUUCUCUUGUCGCAUCUCCCCUGCCAACUAUGAGCCUGUCCACUGGUUCCUGGACAAGACGCCCCUGCACCCGAAUGAGCUCAACGAGAUUGAGGUUCAGCCAGGUGGCUACCACGUGCUCACCCUGCGGCAGCUGGCGCUCAAGGACUCAGGCACCAUCCACUUUGAGGCAGGGGACCAGCGGACCUCAGCUGCCCUUCGGGUCACAGAAAAGCCAAGUGUCUUCUCCCGGGAGCUCACGGAUGCCACGGUCACAGAGGGGGAGGAUCUGACCUUGGUCUGUGAGACUACCGCCCCGGACAGCCCCGUGUGCUGGACCAAGGAUGGAAAGACCCUGCGGCCAUCAGCCCGGUGCCAGCUGAGCCAGGAGGGCCACCGGGCCCAGCUGGUCAUCAAGGGUACCACUGUGCAGGACGGUGGGCGCUACAAGUGUGAGGCCGGGGGCUCCUGGAGCAGCUCCAUUGUCAGGGUCCACGCACGGCCGGUGCGGUUCCGUGAGGGGCUGAAGGACCUGGAGGUGCCGGAGGGUGGAGCUGCCACACUGCGCUGUGUGCUGUCAUCCAUGGCCGCGCCUGUGGAGUGGCGCCGUGGAGAUGAGGUUCUGCGGCCCGGAGGCAAGUACAGCCUGCGUCAGGAGGGCGCAGUGCUGGAGCUGGUGGUCCGGGACCUGCGGCCCCAGGACACCGGGCAGUACUCCUGCCACUUCGGGGACCAGAUGACCUUGGCCAUGCUCACAGUGAAGGCCCUGCCUGCUGAGUUCAUAGGGAGACUGAGAAGCAAGGAGGCCUCAGAAGGGGCCACAGCCACGCUGCGCUGUGAGCUGAGCAAGGAGGCUCCCGUGGAGUGGAGGAAGGGGUCUGAGACCCUCAGAGCCGGGGACAGAGUCAGCCUGAGGCAGGACGGGACCAUGUGUGAGCUGGAGAUCCGUGGCCUGGCCAUGGCAGAUGCUGGGGAGUACUCGUGUGUGUGUGGGCAGGAGAGGACUUCAGCCAUGAUGACUGUCAGGGCUCUGCCUGCUGAGUUCAUAGGGAGACUGAGAAGCAAGGAUGCCACGGAAGGGGCCACAGCCACUCUGCACUGUGAGCUGAGCAAGGAGGCCCCUGUGGAGUGGAGGAAAGGGUCUGAGACCCUCAGAGCUGGGGGCAGAGUCAGCCUGAGACAGGAUGGGACCAUGUGUGAGCUGGAGAUCUGUGACCUGGCUGUGGUGGACGCUGGGGAAUACUCAUGUGUGUGCGGGCAGGAGAGGACGUCGGCCACACUGACUGUCAGGGCCCUGCCCGCCAAGUUCACAAAGAGCCUGAGGAAGGAAGAGGCCACAGAAGGGGCCACAGCAAAGCUGCACUGUGAGUUAAGUAAGGUGGCCCCCGUGGAGUGGAAGAAGGGGUCUGAGACCCUCAGAGCUGGGGACAGAGUCAGCCUGAGGCAGGACAGGACUGUGUGUGAGCUGGAGAUCCAUGGCCUGGCUGUGGCAGAUGCCGGGGAGUACUCGUGUGUGUGCGGGCAGGAGAAGACUUCGACCACGCUGACUGUCAGAGCCCUGCCCGCCAAGUUCACAAAGAGCCUGAGGAAGGAAGAGGCCACAGAAGGGGCCACGGCCACUCUGCACUGUGAGCUGAGCAAGGAGGCCCCUGUGGAGUGGAGGAAGGGGCCCAAGACCCUCAGAGCUGGGGACAGAGUCAGCUUGAGGCAGGAUGGGACCAUGUGUGAGCUGGAGAUCCGUGGCCUGACCAUGGAGGAUGCUGGGGAGUACUCGUGUGUGUGUGAGCAGGAGAGGACAUCGGCCACACUGACCGUCAGAGCACUGCCUGCUCAGUUCAUCCAAAAUCUGAAGACCCAGGAAGCCAUGGAAGGGGACACAGCCACACUGAACUGUGAGCUGAGCAAGGCAGCCCCUGUGCAGUGGAGGAAGGGGUCCAAGACCCUCAGAGCUGGAGACAGAGUGAGCCUGAGGCAGGAUGGGACCAUGUGUGAGCUGCAGAUCUGUGGCCUGGCCGUGGCAGAUGCUGGAGAGUACUCAUGCAUGUGUGGGCAGGAGAGGACGUCGGCCAUGCUGACCAUCAGGGCCAUGCCCGCCAAGUUCACAAAGAGCCUGAGAAAGGAAGAGGUCACGGAAGGGACCACAGCAAAGCUACACUGUGAGUUAAGCAAGGCAUCCCCUGUGGAGUGGAGGAAGGGGUCUGUGACCCUCAGAGCUGGGGACAGAGUCAGCCUGAGGCAGGACGGAAACAUGUGUGAGCUGGAGAUCCAUGGUGUGGCCAUGGAGGAUGCCGGGGAGUACUCGUGUGUGUGCGGGCAGGAGAGGACAUUGGCCAUGCUGACUGUCAGGGCCCUGCCCGCCAAGUUCACAAAGACCCUGAGGAAGGAAGAGGCCACCGAAGGGGCUACAGCCAUUAUGCACUGUGAGCUGAGUAAGGAGGUCCCCGUGGAGUGGAGGAAGGGGCCCAAGACCCUCAGAGCGGGGGACAGAGUGAGCCUGAGACAGGAUGGGAUGGUGUGUGAGCUGGAGAUCCGUGACCUGGCCUUAGUGGACACCGGGGAGUACUCGUGUGUGUGCGGACAGGAAAGAACAUCAGCCACGCUGACUGUCAGGGGCCUGCCUGCCAAGUUCACAAAGAGCCUGAAGAAGGAAGAGGCCAUGGAAGGGGCCACAGUAAAGCUGUGCUGUGAGUUAAGCAAGGUGGCCCCCGUGGAGUGGAGGAAGGGGUCCGAGACCCUCAGAGCUGGGGACAGAGUCAGCCUAAGGCAGGACGGAAACGUGUGUGAGCUGGAGAUCCGUGGUGUGGCCAUGGAGGAUGCCGGGGAGUACUCGUGUGUGUGCGGGCAGGAGAGGACAUCAGCUAUGCUGGCUGUCAGGGCCCUGCCCGCCAAGUUCACAAAGAGCCUGAGGAAGGAAGAGGCCAUGGAAGGGGCCACGACCACGCUGCGCUGUGAGCUGAGCAAGGCGGUCCCCGUGGAGUGGAAGAAGGGGUCUGAGACCCUCAGAGCCGGGGACAGAGUGAGCCUGAGACAGGAUGGGACGGUGUGUGAGCUGGAGAUCCGUGACCUGGCCGUGGCAGAUGCCGGGGAGUACUCGUGUGUGUGCGGGCAGGAGAGAACGUCAGCCACGAUGACCGUCAGGGCUGUGCCUGCCAAGUUCACAAAGAGCCUGAGGAAUGAAGAGGCCACAGAAGGGGCCACAGCCAUGCUGCGCUGUGAGCUGAGCAAGGCGGUCCCUGUGGAGUGGAUGAAGGGCUCUGAGACCCUCAGAGCUGGGGCCAGAGUCAGCCUGAGGCAGGAUGGGACAGCAUGUGAGCUGGAGAUCUGUGGCCUGGCUGUGGAAGAUGCUGGGGAGUACUCGUGUGUGUGCGGGCAGGAAAGGACAUCAGCCACUUUGACCAUCCAGGCUGUGCCCGCGAAGUUCACAAAGAGCCUGAGGAAGGAAGAGGCCACAGAAGGGGGCACAGCCAAGCUGUGCUGCAGGCUGAGCAAGGUGGCCCCUGUGGAGUGGAGAAAGGGGUCCAAGACCCUCAGAGCUGGAGACAGAGUCAGCCUGAGGCAGGAUGGAAACAUGUGUGAGCUGGAGAUCCGUGGUGUGGCCAUGGAGGAUGCCGGGGAGUAUUCGUGUGUGUGCGGGCAGGAGAGGACAUCGGCCAUGCUGACUGUCAGGGCCCUGCCCGCCAAGUUCACAAAGAGCCUGAGGAAGGAAGAGGCCAUGGAAGGGGCCACAGCCACGCUGCGCUGUGAGCUGAGCAAGGCGGUCCCCGUGGAGUGGAAGAAGGGGUCUGAGACCCUCAGAGCCGGGGACAGAGUGAGCCUGAGACAGGAUGGGACGGUGUGUGAGCUGGAGAUCCGUGACCUGGCCGUGGCAGAUGCCGGGGAGUACUCGUGUGUGUGCGGGCAGGAGAGAACGUCAGCCACGGUGACCGUCAGGGCCAUGCCCGCCAAGUUCACAAAGAGCCUGAGAAAGGAAGAGGCCAUGGAAGGGGCCACGGCAAAGCUACACUGUGAGUUAAGCAAGGCAUCCCCUGUGGAGUGGAAGAAGGGGUCCGCGACCCUCAGAGCUGGAGACAGAGUCAGCCUGAGGCAGGACGGAAACAUAUGUGAGCUGGAGAUCCGUGGUGUGGCCAUGGAGGAUGCCGGGGAGUACUCGUGUGUGUGUGGGCAGGAGAGGACAUCGGCCAUGCUGACUGUCAGGGCCCUGCCCGCCAAGUUCACAAAGAGCCUGAGGAAGGAAGAGGCCACGGAAGGGGCCACAGCCACGCUGCGCUGUGAGCUGAGCAAGGCGGUCCCCGUGGAGUGGAAGAAGGGGUCUGAGACCCUCAGAGCCGGGGACAGAGUGAGCCUGAGACAGGAUGGGACGGUGUGUGAGCUGGAGAUCCGUGACCUGGCCGUGGCAGAUGCCGGGGAGUACUCGUGUGUGUGCGGGCAGGAGAGAACGUCAGCCACGGUGACCGUCAGGGCCCCACAAGUGGUAUUCAGAGAGCCACUCAGGAGCGUGCAGGCUGAGGAGGGUGCCUCGGCCACACUGCGGUGUGAGCUUUCCCAGCCCAAUGCUGCUGUGGUCUGGAGCAAGGGUGGCCUGGAGCUGCAGGCUGAUGGGCGCUGGGAGCCUCGGCAGCGGGGCUACACUGCGGAGCUCGUGCUGUGGGACCUGCGCAGAGAGGACGCGGGCGAGUACACUUGUGCCUGUGGACCCCAGGCCACCAGUGCUACCCUCACCGUUACAGGUGGGCCCCAAGCUGCACCGGUGCGCUUUCUCCAGGAGCUGCAGGCCCAGGAGGUGGAUGAAGGUGCCACUGCCCACCUGCGCUGUGAGCUGAGCCAAGAGGGUGCUAGUGUGGAGUGGCGCAAGGACUCCCUGCAGCUCUUCCCUUGUGCCAAGUACCAGAUGGUGCAGGAGGGAAGGGCUGCCGAGCUGUGGGUGCACCACACUGAGCAGGAGGAUGCUGGCCACUAUACCUGUGACACGGGCCAUGCGCAGAGCACGGCCAGCCUCUCUGUCCGAGCCCCUAGGCCCACAUUCCAGAUGGAGCUGCAGAGCAUGGAGCAGGAGGCUGGCAGUGUGGCCCAGCUACGCUGCCAGCUGAGUGAGGCAGAGCCUAGAGUCCCAGUGCAGUGGCUCAAGGAGGGUGUGGAGCUGCAUGUGAGUCCCAAGUAUGAGAUACGGCGUGUGGGGACCAUGUGCGAACUGCUGAUCCAUGGGCUGGAGGCCAAGGACACGGGCGAGUACGUCUGCAUGGCCGGUGGUCAGAAAACCAUGGCUUCUGUCAUGGUCAAAGAGCCCGAGGUGACCAUUGUGCGGGGGCUGGAGGAUGCCGAGGUGCAGGUCGACGGGGAGGUGGAGUUCAGUUGUGAGGUGUCACGGGCUGGGGCCAUGGCUGUGGAGUGGCACCUCCAGGGCCUGCCACUACAGAACAACGAGGUGACAGAGCUGGCCGUGCGGGGUGGCCGCACCCACACGCUGCGGCUGAAGGGCGUGACCCCUGAGGAUGCGGGCACCGUCUCCUUCCACGUGGGCGCCCACACAUCCUCUGCCCAGCUCACUGUCCGAGUCCCUGAUGUGAGCAUCCUGGAGCCCCUGCAGGAUGUACAGCUCAGUGAGGGCCAGGACGCCCACUUCCGGUGCCAGCUAUCCAGGGCCUGCGGCCAGGAGGCCCGCUGGGCCCUGGGAGGGGUGCCUCUGCAGGCCAAUGAGAUGAAUGACAUCACCGUGGAGCAUGGCACACUGCAUCUGCUCACCCUGCACAAGGUGACCCUGGAAGAUGCGGGAACCAUCAGCUUCCAAGUGGGCUCAUGUAGCUCAGAAGCCCAGCUGAAGGUCACAGAGGCAGUACCACGCCUGGUACGUGGCUUGCAGAACGUGGACGUCUUUGCGGGGGAGGUGGCCACAUUCUCCUGUGAGGUGUCCCGUGCGGGGGGGCCGGAGGCCCGCUGGUGGCUGGAUGGCACCCUGCUGCAGGAUGGUCCCCAGAGUGCUAUCUCCGUGCGUGAUGGGACCUUCCACUCCCUCACACUCUCGGGCCUGGGGGUUGCUGACUCAGGCACCGUCACCUACCGUGCAGGGCCCCUGGUUUCCACGGCCAAGUUGUUGGUCAAAGAUCCCACGGUGGAGGUGGUCAGUGCCAUGCAGGACCUGGCCGUGGAGGAGGGCGGCCCAGCCGAGCUCCUCUGCCAGUACUCGAGGCCUGUGCAGGCCACGUGGAAGAUGGACGAGCAGGAGGUGUGCGCUGACGGGCGCCGUGUCAUCAUAGAGCAGGACUGGACCGUGGCCAGGCUGUUGUUCAGGCCGGCCUUGCCCUGCGACAGUGGCAUCUAUUCUUGUGAGGCUGCGGGCACCCGUGUGGUGGCCCUGCUGCAGGUGCAAGCCAAGAACACAGUGGUGCGCGGCCUGGAGAACGUGGACGCACUCGAAGGCGGCGAGGCGCUGUUCGAGUGCCAGCUGUCCCGCCCCGAGGUGGCUGCCCACACCUGGUUGCUGGACGAUGAGCCUGUGCGAACCUCCGAGAACGCGGAGGUGGUCUACUUCGAGAACGGCCUGCGGCACCUGCUGCUGCUCAAAAACCUGCGGCUGCAGGACAGCUGCCGGGUGACCUUCCUGGCAGGGGACGUGGUGACGUCCGCGUUCCUCACAGUCAGAGGCUGGCGCCUGGAGGUACUGGAGUCCCCGCAGGACGCGGCCGUGCGAGCCGGUGGGCAGGUCCGCUUCAGCUGCACGCUCAGUGAGGCGGUGCCGGUGGGCGAGGCGACGUGGUACAUCAACGGGGCCGCCGUGCAGCCGGACGACCGCAACUGGACGGUCACUGCCGACGGCAGCCACCACACCCUGCAGCUGCGCAGUGCCCAGCCACAGCACGCUGGCGAGGUCACCUUCGCCGCCCGCGACGCUGUGGCCUCCGCGCGGCUCACCGUGCUAGGCCUCCCAGACCCUCCAGAGGACGCAGAGGUGGUGGCACGCAGCGGCCGUUCGGUAACGCUGUCCUGGGUGGCGCCUGCAAGCGACGGUGGCGGCGGUCUCUGCGGCUAUAGGGUGGAGAUGAAGGCGGCGGCCACAGGCGAAUGGCGGCUGUGCCAUGAGCUGGUGCCUGGGCCUGAGUGCGUGGUGGAUGGCCUGGCCCCCGGGGAGACCUACCGCUUCCGCGUGGCAGCAGUGGGCCCAGCGGGGGCUGGGGAGCCCGUGCACCUGCCGCAGACAGUGAAGCUCGAGCCCCUGGAGCCAGUGCCUGCGGCCAGCGACCCCGUGCCUGCGGUCCCCGCCCCCGUGUCUUCAGUCCCCGUGCCUGUGGCCCCGGUUCCUGUGCACACAGCUCCCACACCUCCCGCUGCCGAGAGCCGGCAGGUGGCUGCCGGCGAGGACGUGUGUCUGGAGUGUGAGGUGGCCGAGGCGGGCGAGGUGGUGUGGCUGAAGGGGGCGGAGGUCAUCCAACCCAGCGGGCGCUUCCAGGUUCUCUGCCAGGGUCAGCGGCGGACGCUGGUGAUCCGGGGCUUCUCAGCGGAGGACCAGGGGGAGUACCGCUGUGGCCUCACCGGAGACCUGGCCUCCUCUGCAGCUGCCUCCUUCCAGGUGGUGCUGACCACGGGAUCUGAGGACGAGGCCCCUGCACAGCCCAGCCUGCCCCCCGAGGCAGCCCAGGAGGGUGACCUGCACCUGCUGUGGGAGGCCCUGGCCCGGAAGCGUCGCAUGAGCCGUGAACCCACGCUGGACUCCAUCAGUGAGCUGCCCGAGGAGGAUGGUCGUUCACCACGCCCGCGGCAGGAGGUAGAAGAAGCAGCCCCAGACCUCUCUGAGGACUACUCCACAGCAGACGAGCUGGCACGCACUGGCGAGGCCGACCUCUCGCACACCAGCUCUGACGACGAAUCCCGGGCAGGCACUCCCUCCCUGGUUACCUACCUCAAGAAGGCUGGGAAGCCCAGCACCUCACCACUGGCUGGCAAGCUUGGGAUCCCUGCAGUUGGGAAGCCACCGAAGCAUCAGGAACAGCCACCUGCAGUUCACCCACCCCCGGAAAGCCUGAGGGCUGAAGACCUGGGUGACCCGUCCAUGGACAAGGCAGCGGUGAAGAUCCAGGCUGCCUUCAAAGGCUACAAGGUCCGCAAAGAGAUGAAGCAGCAGGAAGGACCCGUGUUCUCCCGCACGUUUGGAGACACUGAGGCACAGGUGGGGGAUGUCCUGCGUCUGGAGUGUGUGGUGUCCAGCAAGGCGGAUGUGCGGGCUCGCUGGCUGAAGGACGGCGUGGAGCUGACUGACGGCCGGCACCACCACAUCGACCAGCUUGGGGACGGAACUUGCUGUCUGCUGGUGACGGGCCUGGGCCGUGCAGACGCUGGCCGCUACACCUGCCAGGUGAGCAGCAAGUUCGGCCACGUGGCCCACAGCGCCUGUGUGGUAGUCAGCGGGACUGAGAGCGAGGCGGAGAGCUCCUCGGGGGGCGAGCUGGAUGACGCCUUCCGCCGAGCAGCCCGGCGGCUGCACCGCCUGUUCCGCACCAAGGGCCCGGCCGAAGUGUCGGACGAAGAGCUCUUCCUGAGCGCAGACGAGGGCCCGGCGGAGCCGGAGGAGCCAGGGGACUGGCGGACGUACCGCGAAGAAGAGCACUUUGUCUACAUUCGCUUUGAGGCGCUUGCCGAGGCCCACCGUGCGGCCACCUGCUUCCGGGAAAUGUCUGGCACCAUGGGCAUCGGCGUGGACAUCAGCCUGUCAGAGCAGGGUCCCCGGGGGGUGGAGAUGCGCAUCAGCAAGGUGGCUCCUGCCCCCGCAGCAGCUCAGGAGGUGGUGCCCCGGCCGCUGACCACAGACGCCGCCCCAGUGUUCCUGACUGAGCUGCAGAAUCAGGAGGUGCAGGACGGGUACCCCGUGAGCUUCGACUGUGUGGUGACAGGCCAGCCGGUGCCCACCGUGUGCUGGUUCAAGGACGGCAGGAUGCUGGAGGAGGAUGACCACUACAUGAUCAGUGAGGACCAACAGGGCGGCCACCAGCUCAUCAUCACUGCAGUGGUGCCUGCAGACAUGGGUGUCUACCGCUGCAUGGCUGAGAACAGCAUGGGUGUGUCGUCCACCAAGGCAGAGCUCCGUGUGGACCUGACCAGCACGGACUAUGAAACUGCGGCCGAUGCCACGGAGACCUCCUCCUACUUCAGCGCCCAAGGCUACCUGUCCAGCCGGGAGCAAGAGGGCACGGAGUCUACCUCAGAGGAGGGGCAGCUGCCCCAGGUGGUGGAGGAGAUGAAGGACCUCCAGGUGGCCCCUGGCACACGCCUGGCCAAGUUCCAGCUCAAAGUGAAAGGCUACCCAGCGCCACGGCUGUACUGGUUCAAAGACGGGCAGCCCCUGACGGCUUCUGCACACAUCCGUAUGGCUGACAGGAAGAUGCUUCACACCCUGGAGGUUGUAUCUGUCACCAAGGAGGAUGCCGGCCAGUACUCAGCGUACAUUAGCAACGCCGUGGGCGCCGCCUACUCAUCAGCCCGGCUGCUGGUCCGAGGUCCCAAAGAUCCCGAAGAGAAGCCAGAAUCAGAUGUGUACCAGCAGCUGGUGCCGCCCCGAUUCCUGGAAAGAUUCACCUCCAAGAAAGUGAAGAAAGGCUCCAGCAUCACCUUUUCAGUGAAGGUGGAAGGGUGCCCGGCCCCAGCCGUGCACUGGCUGCGGGAGGAGGCUGAGCGAGGCGUGCUGUGGAUUGGCCGUGACACGCCAGGCUACACGGUGGCCAGCUCUGCACAGCAGCACAGUCUGGUCCUGCUGGAUGUGGGCAGACAGCACCAGGGCACAUACACCUGCAUCGCCAGCAACAGUGCUGGCCAGGCCCUCUGCUCCGCUAGCCUGCACAUCUCUGGCCUGCCCAAGGAGGCAGGGGCAGCAGAGGAGCAUGCUGGGGUGAAGGAGGCCCUCAUCUCCACCUUCCUGCAGGGGACCCAAGCCGUCUCCACGCAGAUGUCAGAACCUGCAGGUUUCACUGAUCUUGCUGGGCAGAGGAAAGGAGAGCCCAUGGCGGUGGAGGCCCGUAGCCACUUGUCCCUGGCCGAGGUGGGCACAGAGGAGUUCCUGCAGAAGCUCACCUCCCAGAUCACAGAGAUAGUGUCGGCCAAGAUCACGCAGGCCAAGCUGCAGGUGCCUGGAGGUGACAGCGAUGAGGAAUCUAAGACACCGUCUGCAUCCCCCUGGCAUGGCCGUUCCCGCCCCUCCUCCAGCAUCCAGGAGUCAUCCUCGGAGUCGGAGGAUGGGGACUCCCGUGGCGAGAUCUUCGACAUCUAUGUGGUCACGGCUGACUACCUGCCCCUGGGGGCCGAGCAGGAUGCCAUCUCACUGCGGGAGGGCCAGUAUGUGGAAGUGCUGGACUCCGCCCACCCACUGCGCUGGCUUGUGCGCACCAAGCCCACCAAGUCCAGCCCCUCACGCCAGGGCUGGGUGUCCCCUGCCUACCUGGACAGGCGGCUCAAGCUGUCACCCGAGUGGGGGCCCACUGAGGCCCCCGAGUUCCCGGGGGAGGCCGUGUCUGAGGAUGAAUACAAGACAAGGCUAAGCUCCAUCAUCCAGGAGCUGCUGAGCUCUGAGCAGGCCUUUGUGGGCAAGCUGCAGUUCCUGCAAAGCCACCACAUGCAGCACCUGGACCGCUGCCCCCAUGUACCUGCGGCUGUGGCCUCCCAGAAGGCUGUCAUCUUUCGAAAUGUGCAGGACAUCAGCCAUUUCCACAGCAGCUUCCAGAGGGAGCUGCAGCAGUGUGACACGGAUGACGAUGUGGCCAUGUGCUUCAUCAAGAACCAGGCGGCCUUUGAGAAGUACCUGGAGUUCCUGGUAGGCCGCGUACAAGCCGAGUCUGCGGUGGUCAGCACAGCAGUGCAGGAGUUCUACAAGAAAUACACGGAAGACGUGCUGUCAGCCUUAGACCCCUCGCAGCCACCACCGCCGCCCCUGCAGCACUUCCUGGAACAGCCUGUGGAACGGGUCCAGCAGUACCAGGCCCUGCUCAAGGAGCUGAUCCGCAACAAGGCGAGGAACAGGCAGAACUGCGCGCUGUUGGAGCAGGCGUAUGCCGUGGUGUCGGCCCUGCCGCAGCGCGCUGAGAACCAACUGCACGUGUCGCUCAUGGAGAACUACCCAGGCACCCUGCAGGCCCUGGGCGAGCCCAUCCGCCAGGGCCACUUCAUCGUGUGGGAGGGGGCGCCGGGUGCACGGAUGCCCUGGAAGGGCCACCAUCGGCAUGUCUUCCUGUUCCGCCACCACCUGGUGGUCUGCAAGCCCAGACGGGAUUCCCGCACCGACACCUUCAGCUAUGUCUUCCGGAACAUGAUGAAGCUGAGCAGCAUCGACCUGAAUGACCAGGUAGAGGGUGAUGACCGCGCCUUCGAGGUUUGGCACGAGCGAGAGGACUCUGUGCGCAAGUAUCUGCUGCAGGCGCGGACGGUCAUCACCAAGAAUUCCUGGGUGAAGGAGAUCUGCGGCAUCCAGCAGCGCCUGGCCCUGCCCGUGUGGCAACCCCCAGAUUUCGAAGAGGAGCUGGCAGACUGCACAGCCGAGCUGGGUGAGACUGUCAAGCUGGCCUGCCGUGUGAUAGGCACACCGAAGCCCAUCGUCAGCUGGUACAAAGACGGGAAGCCAGUGGAAGUGGACCCUCACCACAUCCUCAUCGAGGACCCCGAUGGCUCAUGUGCCCUCAUUCUGGACAACCUGACUGGCGUGGACUCUGGCCAGUACAUGUGCUUCGCGGCCAGUGCUGCUGGCAAUGCCAGCACCCUAGGCAAGAUACUGGUGCAAGUACCCCCACGGUUUGUGAAAAAGAUCCGGGCAGUGCCCUUUGUGGAGGGAGAGGACGUUCAGGUCACCUGUACCAUCGAAGGUGCCCCACACCCCCAGAUCAGGUGGUACAAGGACGGGGCCCUGCUGACACCCAGCGGCAAAUACCGAACGCUGAACGAGCCCCGCAGUGGCCUGCUGGUGUUGGAGAUCUUGGCGGCCAACAAGGAGGACCUGGGCCACUAUGAGUGCGAGUUGGUGAACCGGCUGGGCUCUGCGAGGGGCGGGGCAGAGCUGUGCAUGCAGAGCCCAGCUGUGCGAGCCCGGGAACAACGUCGAAGAGAGCAGCUUGCAGCUGUGGAAGAUGCUGCUGCCCCUCCCCCAGUUGCCCUGGAGCCAGCAGACAAGGAGAUCACGUCUGUUCCAAGGAUGCUGGUGUGCCCCGAGGCUCCAGGACCCUCCACAGGGGACCACGCUGGCCCCAUCCCUGGCCCUGGGGGGCCACCCAAACACCAGGAGGCUGGCCCCAAACUCCUAGGCACGGAGGUUGCAGAUGCAUCUGGUGAGGCCCAGUGGCCUCAGGCUGACCACAAAGUGCCACCUGCUCUCAGGGUCCCCCCUAUGCUGGCUUCAACCUUGGCCACCCCAGCUGAGCCUCAGAAGGUGCCAGAGCCUCUUCCCCAGGAGGGCCAGGAGCAGGACUUGGGGGCCCAUGCUGAGGCCCAGGGACGCACUGUGCCCAUCCGGAUGGAGGGUACAGCCUGGCCGGGAGCAGGAGCAGUGGACCUAUGGGACAUCCACAGCCAGGUGUUCAUGGAGACCACGCAUCGGACAUACGUGUACCAGGCCAGCGACACGGGUGCCACAAGGCCCCCAUCCAUGCAGGUCACCAUCGAAGACGUGCAGGCACAGAGGGGCAGCACCGCGCAGUUCCAAGCAGUCAUCGAGGGCAACCCGCAGCCCACAGUGACCUGGUACCGGGAUGAUGCCCAGGUGGUGGGCGGACCCCGGCUCAGCCAGCAUCGGGAAGGGACUACCUACUCCCUGCUGCUAAGGGAUGUGACCCAGCAGGACGCAGGCGUCUACACCUGCCUGGCCCAAAACGCUGGUGGCCAGGUGCUGUGUAAAGCGGAGCUGGUGGUCCACGGGGGAGACAGCGAGCCUGACACUGAGAAGCAAAGCUAUCGAAGGAAGCUGCACUCCUUCUACGAGGUCAAGGAGGAAAUUGGAAGGGGCGUGUUCGGCUUCGUGAAGAGGGUGCAGCACAAGGGAAACCAGAUGUUCUGCGCGGCCAAGUUCAUCCCCCUGCGGAGCAGGACGCGCACCCAGGCGUACCGCGAGAGGGACAUCCUGGCCACACUCAGCCACCCGCUGGUCACAGGGCUGCUUGACCAGUUUGAGACCCAGAAGACCCUGAUCCUUGUCCUGGAGCUGUGCUCCUCAGAGGAGCUGCUGGACCGGCUGUUCAAGAAGAGUGUGGUGACCGAGGCUGAGGUCAAGGUGUACAUCCAGCAGCUGGCAGAAGGGCUGCAUUAUCUGCACGGCCAGAGCAUUCUCCAUUUGGACAUAAAGCCCCCAAAUAUCCUGAUGGUGCAUCCCGCUCGGGAGGACAUUAAAAUCUGCGACUUCGGCUUUGCCCAAAAAAUCACCCCAGUAGAGCCACAAUACAGCAAGUAUGGCUCCCCAGAGUUUGUAUCCCCUGAGAUCAUUGAGCAGACUCCUGUGAGCGAGGCCUCGGACAUCUGGGCCAUGGGGGUCAUCUCCUAUCUCAGCCUGACCUGCUCGUCACCAUUUGCUGGUGAGAGUGACCGAGCCACCCUCCUGAAUGUGCUGGAGGGGCGGGUGUCUUGGAGCAGCCCCAUGGCUGCCCACCUCAGUGAGGAUGCCCAGGAAUUUAUCAAGGCUGCCCUGCAGAAGGCCCCAGAGGCCCGACCCAGCGCAGCCAAGUGCCUGGCCCACCCUUGGUUCCAGAAGUCCGUGCCCGCGGAGGAGGCCCACUUCAUCAACACCAAGCAACUCAAGUUCCUGCUAGCCCGCAGCCGCUGGCAGCGCUCCCUGAUGAGCUACAAGUCCAUCCUGGUGAUGCGCUCCAUUCCCGAGCUGCUCCAGGGCCCGCCCGACAGCCCGUCCCUCGGGGUGGCCCGGCACCUGCACGAAGGCGCCAGCGCCGCCUCCAGCAGCUCGUCCUCGUCCUCCGACAACGAGCUGGCACCCUUCGCCCGGGCCAAAUCGCUGCCGCCCUCUCCGGUGACCCAUUCCCCGCUGCUGCACCCGCGGGGCUUCUUGCGGCCCUCCGCUAGCCUGCCGGAGGAGGCCGAGGCUUGUGCGUCUGCCGCCGCGGCGCCUCGGCCGGCGUCGCCCCCAGGUGCAGAGGUGCCUGCUGCCCCGGGCUGCGUUCCCCGGCAGAGCGUCAUCCGCAGCCUCUUCUACCAGCAGGCAGGCGAGGCCCCGGAGCGCGGAGGCCCCGCCAUGGGCGGCAGGCGGCACCCCGCCCGGCGGAGGCACCUGCUCAAGGGCGGCUACUUCGCAAAGGCCCUGCCCGGCCUGCGGGAGCCGCUGCUGGAGCAUCGCGCGCUGGAGGAGGAGGCCGCCCGGGAGGAGCAGGCCGCUCUGAUGGCCAAAGUGCCCUCCUUCGAGACCGCCCUGCGGCUGCCUGGCUCCAGCGCCCGAGUGGCACCCGGCCGCAGCCGAUCCCUGGAGCUCGACCGGCCACACUCCACCAGCUCCUCCACUGAGGCCUGUGGCGGGGGGCAGUGCCCUGCCCCAGGCCUCUCAGGCCUCCAGAUAGCCUCAGGGGAGAACCUGCCAGGAGGGGUCACAUGUGCCCAGGAGAUGCAGCGUCCAGAGGGAUCCCAGCAGGGGCCAAGACUACUGCCAUCCAUCGGGGGCCUCCCAGGGGCUGCUCAGCAAGAGGGGUCAUCCCAGGACAGCUGUGGGUGGCAGCCCACCCCUUCCUUCCAGCCCCAGCGGGGUCCCGCUCCCCUGCAAGGCUGUGGCCCCCCUAAGGCUGUUACACCACAACUUUCUGGCUCCUUCCCUUCAGAGCAGGGCACGGGGCCCCUCUGGGCAUCCUCCAGCCCCUUCCUCUCGGGGGAGACCCAGGCUCCCCUCUCCCCAGCCCAAGAAAGCUGCCAGCCAGGCUCUAUGGAGAGUCCAAAGGACACUUGUCUCCCUGGGAGGCUGAGUCCCCCUAGCUCCUCAGGGUUGGCUUCCCAGGUGGGCACGGGGCCUGGUCCCUCCCAGGAUGCCACCCUGGAGCUGGAGGAUGCAUCAGAACCGGAGCCCAGCCCACAGCGGCCUCAGGAACAGGCCACCAUGCGGAAGUUCUCCCUGGGGCAACAUGGGGGCUACGCAGGAGUGGCGGGUUAUGGCACCUUUGCCUUUGGUGGGGAUGCAGGGGGCAUGCUGGGGCAGGGUCCCCUGUGGGCCAGGAUGGCCUGGGCCACCUCUCAGUCCUCAGAGGAGCAUGAUGACACUGGGGCUCAGAGCCCACCCCCCCAGGCCAGUGCAGCGCCCCUUCCCGAGGGCAGCAGGGCACCCCCAAGGGCCUCCCCAGAGCUGAGCUCGUGGGAAGACUUCGGCAGGGGCUCCCAGGUGUCCCUGGUGCAGAUCCAAGACCUGUCUGGGGACUCAGAAGCAGCGGACACUGUGUCCCUGGACAUCUCAGAGGUGGAGCCUGCCUACCUCAACCUGUCCGACCUGUAUGACAUCAAGUACCUCCCUUUUGAGUUCAUGAUCUUCAGGAAGGUCCCCAAGCCUGUGGAACCAGAGUCACCUUCCUCCUCGGAAUCCGAGGCAGAGGAGGAGCUGGCUGAGUUCCCAGAGGCCACGUGGCCCUGGCCAGGCGCACUGGGUCCACCAGCCAGCCUGCAGAUCACAGAGGAGCCAGAGGACAUGGAGACCCUGCUCGGGGAGGCCACUGGCAGUAGGAAGCGGAAAUGGUCACCCCCCUCCGGUGGCCUCUUCCACCUCCCCAGGAGACACACGCUGGAGGAGCCCCUGGAGCUGGGACUGCGCAGGAGGGUGAGGGCCUCGGUGGCCCACAUCUCCCGCCUCCUGAAGGGCAGGCCGGAAGGUCUGGAGAAAGAGAGCCCCCCCAGGAAGAAGGCAGGCCUGGCUUCCUUUCGGCUGGGCCUGAAAAGCAAGGACCGAGCGCCAUCCUUUCUAAGGGAGCUCUCAGAUGAAACGGUGGUCUUGGGCCAGUCAGUGACUCUUGCCUGCCAAGUGUCAGCCCAGCCAGCUGCACAGGCCACCUGGAGCAAAGAUGGGACUCCCCUGGAGAGUAGCAGCCGCCUCCUUAUCUCCUCCACACUCAAGAACUUCCAGCUCCUGACCAUCCUGGUGGUGAAUGCUGAUGACCUGGGAGUGUACACGUGCAGCGUUCGCAACACGCUGGGGACUGCGGCCACCACGGCCAUCCUCCGGAAGGCAGAGCGCCCCUCGUCUUCCCCCCGCCCGGACAUCGGGGAGGUAUAUGCCGAUGGGGUGCUGCUGGUCUGGAAACCCGUGGAGUCAUACGGCCCCGUAACCUACGUUGUGCAGUGCAGCUUGGAAGGUGGCAGCUGGAACACCCUGGCUUCUGACAUCUUCGACUGCUGCUACAGCGCCAGCAAGCUUUCGAGGGGCGGCACAUACAUCUUCCGCACGGCCUGCGUCAGCAAGGCGGGCAUGGGUCCUUACAGCAGCCCCUCAGAGCCGGUCCUCCUGGGAGGGCCCAGCCACCUGGCCUCUGAGGAGGAGAGCAGCGCCUCGCGGCCAGCCCAGCCCCUCCCCAGCACGCAGACGUUCGCCUUCCAGACGCAGAUCCGAAGGGGCCGCUUCAGCGUGGUGCGGCAGUGCCGGGAGAAGGCCAGCGGACGAGCGCUGGCCGCGAAGAUCGUUCCCUAUCGCCCCGAGGACAGGACUGCCGUACUGCGCGAAUACGAGGCUCUCAAGAGCCUGCGCCACCCGCACCUGGCCCAGCUGCAGGCCGCCUACCUCAGCCCCCGGCACCUGGUCCUCAUCUUGGAGCUUUGCUCGGGACCCGAGCUGCUCCCCUGCCUGGCGGAGAGGGUCUCCUACUCAGAGUCGGAGGUGAAGGAUUACCUAUGGCAGAUACUUAGCGCCGCCCAGUACCUGCACGCCCAGCGCAUUCUGCAUCUGGACCUCAGGUCCGAGAACAUGAUCGUCACCGAAUACAACUUACUCAAGGUCGUCGACCUGGGCAACGCCCAGAGCCUCGCCCAGGAGAAGGUCCUGCCCUCCGAGAGGUUCAAGGACUACGUGGAGACCAUGGCUCCCGAGCUCCUGGAGGGCCAGGGUGCCGUCCCACAGACCGACAUCUGGGCUAUAGGCGUGACAGCCUUCAUCAUGCUGAGCGCGGAGUACCCGGUGAACGGUGAAGGGACACGCGGCCUGCAGAAAGCCUUGCGCAAGGGGCUCAUCCGUCUGGGUUGCUGCUACGCGGGGCUGUCCGGCGGCGCGGUGGCUUUUCUCCGGAGCACGUUGUGUGCGCACCCCUGGGGCCGGCCGUGCGCGACCAGCUGCCUACAGUGUCCAUGGCUAACCGAGGAGGGCCCUGCGGGCUCCCAGCCCGCGGCUGUCUCCUUCUCCACCGCGCCACUUCGAGCCUUCGUGCGCGAGCGAGAGAAGAAGAGGGCGCUGCUGUACAAGAAGCACAACUUGGCCCAGGUGCACUAAGCACCCGGCCUGGCAGAGAGGGCGUGUGUGUGAUGGGGGGGUGGGAGGUCGCCC